AUGGACCAAGUUUUGUCUCUCAUUACCAUUUUUCUUGUUCUUGCUUUGUGUGGUAGUAGCAGCUCUGGUUACUCUCGGAACGAUUUCCCUAAGGGCUUCGCUUUUGGAUCCGCCAUUUCUGCUUAUCAGUGGGAAGGAGCUACUAAUGAAGAUGGAAGAAAGCCUAGCAUCUGGGAUACUUUUGCUCACACUCGUACAAAAGAAAACGGAGACACAGCAUGUGAUGGGUAUCACAAGUACAAGGAAGAUGUGCAGCUCAUGGCUGAAACUGGAUUAGAUAACUUCAGAAUCUCCAUCUCUUGGUCCAGGCUUAUACCUAAUGGAAGAGGUCAUGUUAACCCAAAAGGUCUACAAUUUUACAAAAAUUUGAUCCAAGAACUUGUAAUUAAUGGAAUUGAACCACAUGCUACACUUUUUCACUAUGAUCUUCCUCAGUCUCUUGAAGAUGAGUAUGGAGGAUGGAGAAGCCGAAGAAUCAUCAAGGACUUUACUGCUUACGCAAACGUUUGCUUCAGAGAGUUUGGUAACAGUGUCAAGUUCUGGAACACGAUCAACGAAGCUAAUAUAUUCACAAUUGGAGGUUACGACGACGGUGUAUCAGCGCCUGGUCGCUGUUCCUUACCUGACAAAAACUGCUUGUUAGGGAACUCUUCCAGUGAAACAUACAUCGUAGGUCAUAACUUGCUGCUUGCGCACGCCUCUGCUUCAAGACUCUAUAAGAAAAAGUACAAGGAUGUGCAAGGAGGUUCCGUAGGCUUUAGCAUAUAUGCAAUAGGGUUUAUGCCUUCUACAAACUCUAAAGAUGAUGAAAUCGCGAUGCAAAGAGCUCGAGAUUUCUACUCCGGCUGGAUGCUUAGGCCACUUAUAUAUGGAGACUAUCCUGAUGAAAUGAAACGAACCGUUGGAUCAAGAUUACCAGUUUUCACAAAGGAAGAAUCAGAACAAGUUAAAGGCUCAACUGAUUUUAUAGGAAUCGUUCACUACAUUGCAGCUAUUGUCUCAAGCAACAAACUCAAACCUUCUACUUCAGGAAUCACAGAUUUCUACUCAGACUUGGGCGUAUCUAUGACUUGUAGAGCGAUGAAGCAAGAUUCGCAGUUGGAACUCAAGGACACACAGAGAGUUGAGUACUUGGAUGCUUACAUUGGUGCUGUACUCAAAGCCAUUAGGAAUGGAUCGGACACGAGAGGCUACUUCGUAUGGUCGUUCAUGGAUAUGUACGAGUUACUGAGCGGAUACGAGUCUUGUUUUGGAUUGUACUAUGUGAAUUUCAGCGAUCCUCAUCUCAAGAGAUCUCCAAAACUCUCUGCUCAUUGGUACUCUGCUUUUCUCAAGGGCAACAACAACUUUCUUGGUUCCCAAAGCAUCAUGCAUUUGCAGAGCAACUUCUCUUCUUCCUCUUAG